UAUAUAAGCGAUUAAAUGUAUUAGACGAUAAUUAACGGUGCUGUUUGAUGAACUAAUAAAAACAAAAUAGAAAAGCACGGUAAAUUGAAGGAUAAGAAACGUGGACUGUAAUGUAUUGAUUCCUAAUUCAUAAUUCUAUUUUUGAUCCUGUUCAAUUCCUACUUCCAGCGUUUAUCAUCUUGUCAUUUUUUUUUAUUGUUAUUAAUAUAUUUGAAUCUUUAAGAAUUUUUUAAACUAAUCAUAUUUUCAUAAAUAAAAUUUAGAUCAGAUAAAACUUCGUGAUUUCGUUUGAUUGCAAUAUUCAUUUUUUGUAACCAAGUAAUACUGUAGAUCAGUUAGGUUAUAUUCACGUGAUUAUUCGCUGGAAGUCAGAGUUACUGUGUACAUAAACAAACUGAAUUUAACAUGAAUGAAGUUUUGAAUAGCAAUUUUGAUGCUGUGUAUCCACGGAUAGAGAAUGCUAUAAACAAUGCAGCUUUCAUUGCGAUAGAUGCUGAAAUGUCAGGUAUACAUUCGGAGAGAAAUUUGAAAAAUAGUUUAUUUGAUACUCUCAAUGAUCGUUACAUGGCAUGGAAAAGAAACAUUCAGCAAUUCGUAAUUGUACAAUUUGGCAUUACAACUUUUUACCGUGUUCCUUCUAACAAUGCCUAUAAAGCGGACAGCUUUAGUUUUUACUUGUUUCCUAGAUCUAUUCCAUUAAAAAAUAGACAAUUGUCGUGGGAAGUGGAAGCGAUAGAUUUCCUUUAUAAACAUGGCUUCGAUUUUAAUAAAUUCUUAGUCGGAGGUAUUUCGUACAUUGACGAAACAGAUGAGAGUUUACUGCGUGAUCACAUAGCACAUGGCGAUGUAGAAAAUUAUUUAUCACUGUUAUCCUACGACGAAGAAGAAAAUUUCAAAGAGUGCAAGAGCAAGGUUUAUGAAUGGAUUUCUAAUAAGUUAGAAAAUGCACCAUUAAAGUUGGAAGUUAUUACUCCUAUGGUACAAUAUGUAUUACAUAAAGACUUAAGAAAUAAUUACAACGAUAUUUGGAUUACAUCGGACAAUAAAUCAAUAAAUGUUAUGAAAAUAUCGAGUAAUGCGCAGGAUGAUUUGUUCAAGAAGGGUAAUUUGGAAGAAGCACUACUAGAUGUUUAUUUAGGUUUUUCCAAAGUAUUUAAACUUUUGUCCUCUAGUAAGAAAACGAUAAUAGGGCACAAUAUACUUUUGGAUUUAAUGUUCAUGCAUCAACAGUUCUAUAAGCCACUACCAGAUUCAUACAAAGAAUUCAAAAGUAAUAUACAUACAUUAUUUCCACAAAUAUAUGACACAAAAUUCUUAAGCUUUGAGUUGCGAAAAUUACAUAGCAGAGAUGAAGUAAACUGGAAAAUAAAUUCAUUGAAUAUUUUGUACGAAUAUUUUACAACUCAAGGACGAAUUACAACUUAUAAUUCACCAGAGAUUAUCUUUAAUGAAGAAUUUUCACAUAAAAAGAAUUAUCAUAGCGCUGGGUGGGAUUCUUACUUUUGUGGAUAUGUAUUUGUGAAAAUGGCACAUAUAUUUUGUGUAAAGAAAUUUGGGACGGGUUUAGAAGAAAGGACAGCGUCCCAUUCUGAGUUAAUGAGUAGUGUAAAAGAUUUUAUAAAUUCUAUAAAUAUAACGAGAGGCAAUGAAAUGUAUAUGAAACUCGACGGAGAAGAUCCAGUGUUAUCGAGACCACAAUGGCUUCAUGUCAAGUUGAAGUCACCAUCUCUAGAUAUUAAGCAGUUAAUGGAGAAAUUCUCAUCUUAUGGUUCAGUGGAUGUAAUGCCUUUUGCUCGGAGACGCGUUUUAGUAGCUGUCUCAAGCCACAAUACCGCGUCGGAGAUAUUGCAGCGAUUCAAGAACAGCGAGGAAUUACAGGUGGCACGGUACAACCGCAUAAAACACGCCACGUCCAUGACCAUUUUUUUGUGGAGCGGAGCUGUUCUGUCCGGAGGUGUUCUUGCCUGGAUGUUAAAAAAUAUUUCUAAAACGUAUAUCAAUCAAUAACAAUAACGAGGAACAAUCCUUUUUCGCGUAUAAUCCUUUAUGCAUAUUGAUAACGGGGAACGUUACAAAAGCAAAUCUCAGUAACGAAACGGUUAUUCCAAUUGAUUUUUGUAUGGUAGGAGAUACAGAGUAAAAAUUCAAUUUUAUUUUCCACACGUUCCAUCUGUAUACCAAAUAAUUAUAUACACGUGUUCGAAGAUAAUGUCUUUAAUAUAUCUUUUUAUAUUAAGAAACUGGCCAAAUUGUUCAGUCAUUUGGCACCGUUUUUUAGUCGUCCUUGUAUUUAGACAACGAGUCUUUCUAUACAAAGCGAACAGUGCAACGUUACAAAUCGUACGCUAUAUAAUUAUCUGAAACUUACUUUAUGAAACCAUGUAACUAUAUAACGAAAGCAAAGUGCGUUAACGAAACGAGCGUUACACAUAGGAAAGAAAAUCAUAGUUAUCCGUGCGGAUGGGACUGCAAUUCAUAGAUCAAGUUCUACCAACAAGACAGCAUUUCAAUACGUUCAUUGAUUACACCAUGAUUCUCUUGCAUAAGAAUCUAUAUAAGAGAUCAUGAAAGAAGAAAUGAAAAUAAGCAUUCGUAAAAAUGAGAAAGUAAAACAAGCUUCGAUUGGAUUUCCAACUGGCCGGCCAACCCAGAAAGAGUGCCUCCGUCUCUGUCUUCCUUUCUUACGUUCGUACGCGACCACCAGCCGCAAAAUCUAUUUAAAUGUUAGAUCGAAAUCGCGAGUGGAAUCUUUGCGUGAGCUGUUAUUAUUAUUUCUCGUUCUGGUUUGUCGACGUUCCGGGCCAGAGCUCGUUUUCGUCAAGGAACCUAUUCACCGUUGUGCCAAACCUCCGUGCACUCGCGAAAAAUCCAAUUAUCCCUGGCUUUGCUGCGAACCAUCGCAAUUUCGAUCGGUCGUAUUUUCUUCUUUUUUUAUUCACACACAUACACGCACACAUACACACACAUAGGCGCGCGCGUCGUUAGACAUUUGGAAAGUUUUUCGAUUAUGCUUUCUCCCAGUGUGUUGCACCCUUUCACCUUUUUUUACGAGUAGAACGUUACUCGAAUAUGAUUCAGCAUAACGUUUAUCGUUGCUACGCACGGACUGAUUUAGGCUUGGAAAUUCUUAAAAGAAUCGCAUAUUGUAAGGAAAAUGAAGAUGUCGUAGGUAUUGGCGAUAUUCGAGUGGUUAUAUACGAUUCUCGCACUAUUAAACGAAAACAAGGGGCAAAGAGUAACACGUGACAGGUUGUAUCGUAAAUUUCGUUGCAGUCUUGGCAAAUGGUCUGGCAUUCAUACUCUAGAACAACGACUUGUUACUAUCAAACGACGUUCAAUCGUGUGCGUGGACUCCUUAAGCAAGCGGUAACGUAGAUAACAUUCGACAAAAUCUUGCAGAGAAUCGUUUUCAAUAAUAUUUAUUAUAUUGAAUUAUUGUUCGCAGAAUGAAGAUGAAUAAGCAGGACGAACCAGGUGAUAUCGAUGCUCCUAACGACAAGGUAUCAUAGUACGAAACGAGACGAUGUUCUCGUUGCGAACUCGUUGCUGUUACUCGCCGACCACUUUGUGCUACUUUGUGCUUAUCUUGAAAUCCUGAUGGCCAAGGAAGAGACCAAACGUUCCCCGAUAUUUCAAAAGUUUUCUCUGGCGGCCACCCAAGGCUAAAUCACUCGAAAUAACGCAGUAGCAAUUUGUGUAGGCGUGCUGCCGGACGGUCAGCCUGGUCACACUGGUGUCCGGUGGCAGGUGGAGCAGCUUUCGAGAUGGAUCUCACGCUCUGUCUCUUUGGGUUCUACUUCGACCGGUUAAACGACGAACGUAAAGGUCGCGAGCGCCAGCAACGAGGUCUAUGGAACUGGGUUAACCAAAUUCGCUAUUUUCUCGUCUCAUCGGGUACAAUUUGUAUUCGGAUCAUCCUUAGUCUACUUGGAUGUUCCUUCGCAUCCUCUUGGGAAUCAACGUUGAUUACUAACCGUCGUUUUUCACCAAACGAAUGGAAACUUAACCCAUUGGUCGUUAAGGUAAUUUCCUUCUUACCGUUGCUCUUCUUUUGGUAGAUGCAUUUGUCUAGUACAUGGAAGAGGCGAAAGGUGAGGGCGCGUGAUAGAUAGAAGACGACUAUUUGGCAACCUUGAGCGAUCGGCCGAUUCUACCGAGGCUAUAGCACGUACACUUCUCUCAGUAUAAUUCCUAGUGUUCAAUCUACGGAUUUUUCUUAAAACGAGGAGCUAAUCGUCAAGGUGAAUUGUAAAUCUCACUAACCAUUAAAUCCUUCGAGUCUCUGAUCUAAAUCGACAGGGUAAUCGUGGAUAAUCACAGAGUCGCAAGUUCUCGAGAAACGGAGACCUUGCGAUCCUGGUUUUACAGAAGAAUUAACA